UUACAGAAUGGGGUAGAACGGAGAGGCAGAACCCAAACGAUUAAAAAAAUACAAGGCCAGGCCUUUAGCUCGUUUUAAUAAGACCAUGGGCGACAUGAAGACCCCAGACUUCGACGAUCUGCUCGCGGCCUUUGACAUCCCUGACAUGGUCGACCCCAAGGCUGCCAUCGAAUCCGGCCACGACGACCACGAGGGUCAGCUCAAACAAAACGCCCACCACGACGAGGACUCCCACGCCACCUCCGGACCAGACGUCGGGGUCAGCGUGAUCGUUAAGAACGUCCGAAACCAUGACGGCAACAGCAGUGACCACUCAGACAGAGUUUCAGAUAGAGAUAUUCACCCGUCAGCCGGAAAUGGACUGCACAAUGGGUUGGUUGUGGUCUCCUCUAAGAACAAGCUUCAGAAAGGGGGAGGUCACGGGGCAGAAGCGACCGGCUCGACGCUGAACCAGUUCAGUCCGAUCUCCAGUGCUGAUGAGUAUGACGAAGAUGACAGGAUUGAAGUGGAUGACCCUUUAGAUAGGCAAAACAGUUUACCUUGCCUUAGACCCAACCCUCUUGCAGGACUUGGCUCCAAGAGACAAGAGCUCCGUCUACAAACAUCUAACUUUGACGGCCGAUAUAAGACAGGAACUAAUGGCAAGUACGGGCACAAAAAAAUGGAAAUGACCAACACUAAUGGAACUUUAGGUCCUUACGAGCCUCCAAAACCAAGAAAAAUAGAGAACCAACCCAAGGGAGUAGUGAAGGCUCCAGAGGGAAAAGAAGCAAGGGAGCCGGUUGUUGGGUUGAGUAUGACCAACCACCCUCAAGCAAAAGCGAAAUCGUCACCCAAGCUUUCAUCCUGCAUCGCUGCUAUCGCUGCCCUUAGCGCAAAGAAAACCAACCCAGACUCGCCUGCUGCUAAACCCCUUGUCACGAAACAAGACUCGCCCAGAGAGGCAAAAGAAAGCCCUAAAGUAACAGUGAAGCUUCCGGAGCAGGAGUCGGCCAUGGAGCUCGCCAAGAAAGGUCUCUCCAAACAACCUGAGAGUCCCUGCAGCGUUACCAGCGAGAACAGCAGCAAAGGCUCCCCGUCAUCCCCUGCUGGAACCAUCCCAGUCGUUCCAAAGGUCCGCAUCAAAACCAUCAAGACGUCCUCAGGUCAGAUCAAGAGGACCGUCACGAGGGUGCUGCCAGAGUUUGACCAGGAGGGUCUGAGGAAAGGUUUCGACUCGGCAUCUCUUGUGGUGUCUUCUCUCUUGUCCUCGCCCUCCUCGAACUCUCUUUUGUCGUCUCCUUCCCGGACAUCGAUACCCACCACGGUGGUCACAACUUCUGCCGGCUCCGCUAUCGAAGUCACAAAGCAAAUGACCAUCAAGCCUGUGGCUACUGCCUUUUUACCGGUAUCUGCCGUCAAGACAGCCGGCUCCAAGGUGAUUAACCUGAAACUGUCAAAUAACACGACGGUAAAAGCCACGGUCAUACCCGCCGCGUCCAUCCAGAGUGCCAGCAACGCCAUCCUCAAAGCUGCCAACGCUAUUCAGCAACAAACUGUUGUGGUGCCUGGUUCCAGCCUAGCAAGCACCAAAAUCAUGCCAAAGACUGUCCACCUGACCAACCUGAACCUCCUUCCUCAAGCCACGUCAGCCUCAGAGCUCCAUCAGGUCUUGUCCAAACAAUCGCAACCCAUCAAACAAGCCAUGCUGGCCAGCCAGACUCCUAAGAAAGUAUCUCGAGUGCAAGUGUUAGCCAGCUCACAAAGUUCAGUUGUUGAGGCCUUCAACAAGGUCCUGAGCAGCAUCAAUCCCGUUCCAGUCUAUGUCCCCAAUCUUUCCCCUCCUUCCUCAGCUUGCAUCUCAUUACCGUCCCGUGGCUAUAAAUGUCUCGAGUGCGGCGACUCCUUUGCUCUGGAGAAAAGCCUAACCCAACAUUACGACCGACGGAGUGUCCGCAUCGAAGUCACCUGCAACCACUGUGCCAAGAACCUGGUCUUCUACAACAAGUGCAGCCUCCUGUCCCAUGCCAGGGGCCACAAGGACAAAGGUGUGGUCAUGCAGUGCUCACACCUCAUCUUGAAACCUAUCCCUGCAGAUCAGAUGAUCUCUGCCCUGUCGGUUACCUCUAGUGCCCCCAUUUCCUCUUCAGGCCUGGGAGGUCAGAGGAAGAGUGAAACCACAGUCGUCUCCGCACCCUCAUCGGCUCCCGUGGCGCCAGCCAUGCCGCUGGACGAAGACGCUUCCAAACUUAGAGCGAAUCUCAAGUGCUUGGAGUGUAACGAGCUGUUCCAGGAGGAGUCUUCGCUGGCCAUGCACUAUCAACAGGCUGUGGAUUCGAGUGGACAAAAAACCUGCACCGUCUGCCAGAUGCUGCUGCCAAACCAGUGCAGCUUCACCUCGCACCAGCGCAUCCAUCAGCACAAGUCGCCGUACGUCUGCCCGGAGUGCGGUGGCACCUGCCGCUCCGUCCAUUUCCAGUCCCACGUCACCAGGAACUGCCUGCACUACACACGUCGAGUGGGCUACCGAUGUGUCCACUGCAGCGUGAUCUUCACAGACGUCGCCACGCUCAAGUCCCACAUUCAGGCCUCGCACUGCGAGAUCUUCUACAAAUGUCCUAUUUGCCCCAUGGCCUUCAAAUCUGCCCCGGGGACUCACUCCCACGCCUACACUCAGCACCCGGGCGUGAAGAUCGGAGAGCCUAAGUUGAUUUAUAAAUGCUCCAUGUGUGACACGGUCUUCACCCAGCAGAUCUUACUGUACACACACUUCGACCAGCACAUCUCCACUCAGAAAGUGUCCGUCUUCAAAUGCCCCGACUGCUCCAUGCACUACGCCCAGAAGCAGCUCAUGCUGGAUCACAUUAAGUCAACACACGGGACGCUGAAGAGCAUCGACGGUCCUCCUAACCUGGGCGUCGGCCUUCCGCUGAGCACCAAACCCAUCAACUCCAUGAACCCCGGCAACACCAACAACCCUAAAGAACCGGGUUCGACUAACGGCCUGGAAAAAGGCGAGAGGAAACCCUCACCUCCCGCCAAAAAACACGCCGACACCACCGGCGAGCUGAAAAAGACCUCGUCCUCGUCCUCCUCCUGUCCCGGCUGGACGUGUAAGGACUGCGGGCGGCUCUUCACCCAGAGAGAGGUCUUCAUCACCCACAUGAAGAGAGAGCACGGCAAGCAACUGAAGAAGCAUCCGUGUCGUCAGUGUGAGAAGUCGUUCAGUUCCUCCCACAGUCUGUGCCGACACAAUCGGAUCAAACAUAAAGGAGUCCGGAAAGUUUAUACCUGCCCAAAAUGUCCGGACUCCAAACGCACUUUCUCUAAGAGGCUGCUGCUAGAAAAACACAUGGAGCUGCUGCACGGUGUCAUGGAGACGGAGAGGAAAACUGCUCCGGAGUCCAACAGCACCGAUGAGCCCAGCAUUAAAGAGCAGGUCCGCAGCCUCAAGCGGAAGCUGAACUCUGAAGGUGAGGACGCCGAGGAGGAUGAGGAAGAGGAGGAUGAUGAGGAAGGAGGACAGAGUAAAAGAAUGUCCAGUCGAGAGCGCGUGGACUCCGUGUCUCAGCCCGUAAAGAAACUGAAGGUGACCGUUUUGAAGACGCACCGAUGCGCCGUGUGCGGUUUCACCACCACCGAAAUCGGCCAGUUCCAGAAGCACCUCCCGCAGCACAAGACCGACGGCUCGUCCCACCAGUGCAGCCAGUGUGGCCUGUGCUACACCUCGCGCCACUCGCUCGCCCGUCACCUGUUCAUCAUCCACAGGCUGAAGGAGGCGCCGAGCGCGGGCGAGCAGCAGGAGAACGCCCCCGACGUGCCCGACACCCAGUGCAGGGUGUGCGGCAAGACCUUCGACACGGAGCCGGCGCUCAACACGCACAUGCGCACGCACGGCAUGGCCUUCAUCAAGUCCAAGAGACUGAACGCUGCUGAGAAGUGAGAAGCGCCGCCCCCCGCUGGACGGAGUCGGAAUCUGUCGGAGUGUUUAAUCAGGAAGAGUUUCACGGUGACGCGUGGGACGUAUCGAACACGCGGCGAGUGAAAGCGAGGAUAGAUCAGCUUUAGAGACGUUAUAUGUCUUGUUUGUAUGCUCACGUACGACACGCUGUAUAUAAUUACACAUUAUAUGAGAAAACGUAUAAUAUAAACACGUACGCACAAAAUAUCCGUGUGUGUUUACACAUGUAAUAUAUAGAGAGUGAAUUC